UGUAACCCAACACGGAAGUGACGGCUCGCAUUCGCAGAAAGCGUUGUUUUGCUUCAUCUUCAGCGAACUUUCAGCCAAGUAGACACCUCUUUCACACUCAAACUUCAAAAUGUCUUCAGACUUUGAAGCCUACGAACAGGACUUUGGAACCCUGACAGCAGAAAUAACAAACAAAAUUGGAAGGAUUCCCAAAUUAGGUGGAAAGGAGAAGACACAGCUGGUUCUAAAUGUCGACAAACAGCUUGAAGAAGUCAGAGAAUUGAUGGAGCAGAUGGAUCUGGAGGUGCGUGAGAUCCCCAUCCAGAGCAGAGGCAUGUACCAGAGCAGACUGAAGAGCUACAAGGGGGAGAUGGAGAAGCUGGAGAAAGACUUUAAAAGGUCACGUAUUGCCUACAGUGAUGACGUGCGGAACGAGCUCCUGGGGGAAGACGCUGGCUCCUCGGAGAGUCAGUUGAUGAAGUUAAGUGAAGAGAGAGCACAUCUGUUGGACAACACAGAGAAGCUGGAAAGGUCAUCUCGGAGGCUGGAAGCUGGCUACCAGAUAGCAGUGGAAACCG